CCACGGCCGCUCACUGCACAGCGCAGCCGCCGCUGCCCGCCGAGCGCAGAACCGCCGCGGAGGGACCGCGUUUCGGGUCGGUGCUCAGUGGUCAGUUCGGGCUGACCGGCGAGUUUUGGGUCCAGCUUGGCCGGGUUCGAGAGGAGCAGCGGCCGCGGCAGGAGAAGGAGAAAGCGGAGGAAGAGGAGGAGAGUCGAUCUUUCCAGCGCAGCUCUCCGGGCGAUGUAAACGCCAGGGCGAUGUCCCGACGCAAGCAGGGGAACCCGCAGCACCUGUCCCAGAGAGAAACACCGCCCGAGGUCGAGCACCACCCAGAUGGAGCUCUUCUGUCUGACGCUCUGGCCUCCCGCCCGCUCGGCCUGCUCCCCCACCCCCUGGACCCCAGCUUGGCCCACGCGCUGCCGCCUGGCCUCCACGCCGACCAUGACCUGCUGACCUGCGGCCAGUGCCAGGUGACCUUCCCUCUGGGCGACAUCCUCCUCUUCAUCGAGCACAAGAAGAAGCAGUGCCAGAGCCCGCUGCUGCACAACGGGUGCUGCGACAAGGCGAACGACCGAGGAGGAGGAGGAAGAGGAGGAGGAGGUCUGCAGAGCCUACAUCAGUACGCCCAGAGGAAGGUGGUUGAGCCGGUGGAGAUCGGCAUCCAGGUGACGCCGGAGGAGGAGGAGGUGGUGGGAAGGAGAGGUGAUGGAGGUGAGAGGGGAGAGAAGACGCCCAGCAAAAGAAUCUGCCCCAAGCAGGAGAAUCCACCAGCAGGUGGGAGAGAUGAGCCCUCCAACUACAUCUGCACCACCUGUAAGCAGCCGUUCCCCAGCGCCUGGUUCCUGCUGCAGCAUGCCCAGAACAAUCAUGGCAUUCGCAUUUACCUGGAGGCCAACCCCUCCAGCGCCGCACUCACCCCUCGGCUCACCCUGCCUCCCCCGAUGGGCAGUGACUCUAUCCCACCGUCUUCUCUAACCAGCUUCCUCGGGGACAACAACCCCUUCCACCUCCUGAGGAUGACGGGGCCUUUACUUCGAGAACCACCCCCAGGCUUUGUAGAGAACCGUAUCCCCAGCACACCCCCGUUUGUAAGCCCGCCUCCCCGCCAUCACCUGGACCCCCAUCGACUGGAACGCCUUAGUGCCGAGGAAAUGGGCCUGAUCUCCCAGCACCCGAGUGCCUUUGAGAGGGUGAUGCGGCUGACGCCGAUGGCCAUGGAGUCCCAGUCCAUGGACUUCUCCAGAAGGUUACGUGAGCUUGCGGGGAACACUAACAGCACAACACCCCCGCUGUCACCCAGCAGGCCCAACCCUAUGCACCGACUGCUAAACCCUAACCCCUUCCAACCGGGGCCCAAGUCGCCCUUUCUGAGUACCCCUCCCUUGCCGCCGAUGCCCCCGAACAGCACCACCCCACCGCAGACUCAGAACAAGAUCAAGUCGUGCGAGUUCUGCGGGAAGACCUUCAAGUUCCAGAGCAACUUGGUGGUGCAUCGGCGCAGCCAUACUGGCGAGAAACCAUACAAGUGCCAGCUGUGUGACCACGCCUGCUCUCAGGCUAGCAAGCUGAAGCGCCACAUGAAGACCCACAUGCACAAGGCCGGGUCCAUGACUGGACGCUCUGAUGAUGGCCUCUCCACCACCAGCUCCCCAGAGCCCGGCACCAGCGAUGUCACGGUGGAGGGCAUCAAAAACCGCGACAGGGACUUUCAAGGGGAAGGUAACGAGGAGGAGGAGGAGGAAGAGGAAGAAGAGGAGCUGGAGAACGAGAGCCGACCAGAAUCCAAUUUCAGCAUGGAGUCCGAGUUCUACAGGAACCGGGAGAACAGCUCUAAGCCUCCUUCGGAGGAGAAGUCAGCUCUAGAAAAGAUGGUGGAUGGCGGGGCGCUCGGCUCCAUUCAGCAGUACAGUAACCUGAUAGUCGACAAUCGUAAAAGGAUGGCCUUCUCCAAGAGGGUACUGGACGGCCAGCGGGACACUGGAGAUGAGGAUUCAGUGGCUGGAGAGAUGGAGCACCACCAUCAGGAGGAGCGGACCACCAUUAACGGCCGGAACUGUGGCUCCGGUGACUCUCUCUCAGGCCUCUUUCCCAGGAAACCCACUCCCAUCACCAGUCCCGCCCUGUCCAACUCCUCCAGUAAGAGGAUCAAGAUCGAGAAGGACUUGGACAUUCCCCAAGCGCCCCACAUUCCUUCUGAGAAUGUGUACUCCCAGUGGUUAGUGGGCUACGCCGCCUCACGUCACUUCAUCAAAGACCCUUUCAUAGGCUUCACCGACUCCAGACAAUCGCCCUUCGCCACCUCCUCAGAGCACUCCUCGGAGAAUGGCAGCCUGCGCUUUUCCACGCCUCCGGGGGACCUGCUGGACGGCGGCCUGUCUGGUCGCAGCGGCACCGCCAGCGGGGGUAGCACACCUCAUUUAGGGGGAGGUCCCGGUCGGCCCAGCUCCAAGGACGGGAGGAGGUGUGACACCUGCGAGUUCUGUGGCAAGGUGUUUAAAAACUGCAGCAACCUGACGGUGCACCGGCGCAGCCACACGGGAGAACGGCCCUACAAGUGCGAGCUGUGCAACUACGCAUGCGCUCAGAGCUCCAAGCUGACCCGCCACAUGAAGACCCACGGCCAGCUGGGGAAGGAGGUCUACCGCUGUGACAUUUGCCAAAUGCCCUUCAGUGUGUACAGCACUCUGGAGAAACACAUGAAGAAGUGGCACGGAGAACACCUGAUGACCAGUGAGGUCAAACUCGAACACGCAGAGCGAGCCUGAGGCGCCGCUCCGGGACUCGAACACAAACUAGGCGUGUCUGGAAACCUUCCUGUUCGUUCUGAGUUCAUUUAGUGUUUUAUUACAACAAACUGAGAACAAAGUAAAGCUGAGAUCUUCACUGAAGCUGUCCAAACUGCCUCACCUGGCAUUGAUUUCUGAAACAAUCAGUCUGUCGACUUCUGAUGUUGUGGAGCCUUUAACUGUGCAAUAAUUUCUGUAUUUAUUGGAUUUUGUACUUUGGCAUGUGCAGGUAUCGUUUCUUUAUUGUUUACUCGGAUUCUGCUUGUUUUUGUUUUCGCCCGCCAGACGUCCUGAGAGCUCCUCAGAGGACUCGGUCCACUUGGUCUUUUAUUUUGGCCGCUGACGGCAGGAAGCUGCAGGAUGGUAGCUCUGGAGAAAAGCUCCUGAAUUUAAAAUGAAACAAACGUAGAGAGCACUGGUUUUGUUGGGUGGCGUUAUGCGGACAACAAUCCCUCAGCACGGAAGCAUGGAAAGACUGUAAAACGUGCCGAUGUUAAUGGAAGCGACGCUCUGAGCGUCAUAAAUACGGAAGAGGAUCCCAAGAUUCCUAAACCCCGUUUCCCUCUGAGAGCAGGUCGUUAACAGCUGCCGGCGGCGCCACACCUUCACUCUUCCUGUCUUUAGCGUGUAUUCGUUAGCUUGUCAGCAUGAAGCCAUGACACGUCUGCACACGGUGAGAGCACAGAGACGUCUCAGGGGAAUACAACUACCAACCUUCUCUCUAACUUGUCAGAGUCGGACUGAACGAGCAGCAGAACCUCUCGUCCUUUUCCUCUGAAUAAUCUCAGCUCGGUUCUGGAUCCAAACGUAAGAUAAUCAACAUUUCUAUGCAUUCAAGGCUACGAAUAUCAGAAACGACUAAAACUGUAAAAAACAACGCUGACGAGCGGUCGAUAUUCCCGUAAACCCAAAUCUUUGAUGUCACUCUGGGAAUGUCCUCCUGGAUCAUAAACAAUCCCAUGAUGCUUUGCUUCAUCGGUGAUUGAUGCAGAAACCCGACAGAUUAUUACAGCGACCUGCAGCAGCGUGUGUGUGUGUGUGUGUGUGUGUGUGUGUGUGUUCCUCAGCUAAUAAUUUAGAUGUUUGAAGUGAAACUCCUAAAAUCAUUUAGUUUCCUUGGAACAUUUUCUGACGAUUCUCAUCAAAUCAAACAAAAGAUUUCUCCGGGAAGACAAACCGGGUUAGGGUUAGCGGGACACUAAGGGUGUGGAGCUUGGGAUCUCCUGAUGCUGAAGUGCCAGGAUUGUUUUGUUUUCCCAGAUCUGGCACUAUAAACCAUGGAUUCAUCCACGGGGCUAACAGUAAUAUUAUGGUUUGGGACCGUUUCCGUACUGCCGUUCCGUUAGACGUGAGUGUGCCUUUAAAUACUUAUUGUCUCUUGUUAUGAAAUUGAACAGAAGUAAAACAUUUUGAUUUGUCGCCUCAGCGGAAAGGAGACAGACUCGUGUUUGGCACGAGUCAGCACAAUAUAUUAAUAAUAAUAAUAAUAAUAAUACGAACGUGUGUGUGUGUGUGUGUGUUUACGACACACUCACUCAGCACAAAUCGGAGCAGACGAGGACCGAAGGCUCAAAAAAACGUCCAAAAGCAGGAAAAUGUUGGGUUUACAGAAGCGACUCGCGUUCAGACGACAGCUUUUAUUCUGAAGGCCAAAGUGGCAAUAUUCUUAUUAUUUAUGUUAUUUUACGUUGGGGGUUCAUUUGUGACAGUUUCUGGUAUAAAUAUAUAUAAAUAUAAAUAUAUAUAUGAAUAUAUGACAUCUUUUGGGUUUACUGUAAAAGUAUUUGUAAGAAGUGGGAAUGCCGGGCAUUUUACCGACGUAUGAAAAUGCUGUUUUUUAUUUAUUUCAUCUUUUAUUUGACAGUCAUUGUGGGUCUCUGACGCUGUUUUGUCCAUGUGAUCUGUAAAAGUCUUCAGUUUUAGUAACUUCCUUCUGGUUGGGUGUAAAGAGAGCUAACAGAAGCGCUUUGGGGGGUUAGGGUCGGUGCUAGUAGAACGGUUCUGCUCUUCAGGAACAGAUCCCACGGAGUGGGAAUCCUGACUUGUAUGUAAUUUUCUUCUGGAAUGAUUUUUCUUCAUGGAUGGUGUGGUGUUGGACUCUGGUUCUGGUCUUUUCUAACUCCCGGACUUACGCUGACGACCAGCCGGAGUCCCAGCUGCCAGGUUCUGUCAGACCCGGCAGAACCGUCCCUUUGUACUGUUGUGAUGAGUCCUGUUGUACAGAAUGGAUUAAACGGAGGUUGUUAAACAGCCUCUUAGAGACCAAACACCCGCCCGCCUGUUCCUUACCUCCACCGCUGUACAUAGUUUUCUAUGGCUGGUGAGUUCUCACGGCACGGGCAUCCACCCCUGCUCCUCUGCCUCCUUUCAGAGAAUAAACUCAUGAAAGGAGAAGCUUCCUCAUUAGUUUGUUCUGAGAGGAACCUGCUGCUGGACUGGACCACAGAACCCACGGCUGUGGGGGUUCUGGAUCAGAACCACCUUCACAUUCCUCUGGUUUCUCCUGUUAGGAGGAAGUCAAGCAGCUCUGAGAUGAAGCGGAAAUAAAAUUGUUCUUUUUGUUAUUUAAUGAUGUUUGACUGGCGAAGGGGCGGGGCUUAGUGAUCUAUUCACUUUCACCUGACUGAGGCUGCAGCUUGUGUGUUUGAUGAUGUCAUCAAGAUACGGCUGAGGAUUUUCAUUGUUUGCAGUAAACACGACAUUCAGACUCA